UGCAACGCGACGCUCCGCAGUGGAUCUAAACAGCGCGGACGCGCAGGAGCUUCGGCAUAAAGGCGUCUCUUAACUUAGGAAGACGAAAAAAGUCAGACUGACUCAAUCUCAUGGCUAUAUAUACACAUUUAUGCAUAUAAUCGAUAUUGGAGGGAUAUUUUUUUACUCCUUUGCACAUUUUCUGUCUUGUGCAUCCUCUCCGCAACCUGCUAAGGAACUGCCUCAAAAGAGUGACAGGCGUGAAAGAAAUGAAAUCAUACCUCUUUUGAAAUGAUGACAGAGAAAAGCUGCAUGUGGGUAUUCUCUAGGAGGAGUUUUUUAUGACCAAAGAAGUGACGGAUUUCCCCUUAUAAAAAGGAAAUUGAGUCCCGACCGCUCAAUGAACAGCUUUACUCUGAGGACCCCGGCGCACAGAAUCUGGUACAAGCAACUGUGCUGUCACUUGUAGUCAAGAACCUGCAUCAGUCUUUCUUAUUUAAGUGCCCCUGAAGAGCACCUUUAUAAGACACGUGCUUGUGAGCUCAAGCUCUCACUGACAGCAUCCCCUCCUCAAACUGCUUCCCUGCCAGCCCACCCCAGCUUCAUGGGUUGAACCACCAGACGUUCGACACUCUCCUCUCCGUUCUCUCCUCCUCUUCUGUACAACCCCACGCUUACCUCCCCCCUCCAUCCUAUAACUGUGCUCUGUCCACUACCUUUGCCAGUAGCUACCGCCAGCAUGAUGGUUUGUCAUGCCUCAGGCUUGUUUAGACUUGCAACCGCAGCAUCACCUUCCACUAUACAGACUUGCAGACACAGCAGCCACUAGGGUGACAGACACAGAGAGACAGAGGAGGAGGAAACGUGAGAAUUAGACAGACAAAAGAACAGUACCACAGUACAGAGGAGGGAUCGUCUGUCCCAGCAGCAGAGGGAUCCACCUGUCCCACAGAGGAAGGGGGCCCCCCCACCUGAUCCGUCUGGUUGCAGGGGGGGACCCUGCGUGGCCGGGAAGGCAACAGGGACUAUGCAGCUGGGACUGGUGGCACUAACAAUGGUCUUCCUCAGCUCUGUGGGUCACAGCGAUGUUCUCAAGCUCUCCAAGGCGAGAAGGCAGAGACGGGUUAGUACUGAGGGGCCACCAUCUUGCCCCAAAGGCUGUGACCGAUGCUCUGAGUAUAAUGGCUGCAUUAAAUGUAAGCCCAAGCUCUUCAUUUUCCUGGAGCGUAAUGACAUCCGUCAGAUAGGUGUGUGCCUCGCCUCCUGCCCCAUGGGAUACUUUGGUAUGAGGAACCCAGAAGGCAACAACAGAUGCACCCAAUGUAAAAUAGACAAUUGUGAAGCAUGUUUCAAUCGCAAUUUUUGCACAAAAUGUAAGGAGGGCUUGUAUUCACACAGUGGACGAUGUUACGUAAGCUGCCCUCCAGGCCAGCGCUCUGCCAAUGACACCAUGGAAUGUGUCGGUCAGCGGCCUUCAGAGUGCGAACUGGGCGAAUGGAGCCAAUGGAGUUCCUGCAUGAAGAAGAACAAAACAUGUGGAUUUAAGAAAGGCUCGCAGUCUCGGGUUCGUGUACCCCUUCCACAGGCUCACAGCCCAGACAGCUCCCCAACCUUUGUACCUUCACAGACCUGUACUUCGCAGACAGAGAGGAGAAAGUGUGUUGUGGCUAAGAUGCCCUGUGCAAGAGAGAGGAAGAAUAAAGGAGACCGACAAGAGGAUACAAACAGGAGAGAAAGGGAGAAUCCACGUGGGCGAGGACGAGAAAGCAAAGAUGGCAGCAGAGGAGGAGGAGGGGGUGGGGGUGGGGGGAAGAGGAGAAAAGGCCAGAGCAGGACAACCACUGCCCCCAGCAUUAUAACCAGCUCUGUCACCUAAACAAAUACCUGCUGGAGUGGGGCUGAGAGAAAACCAGACAAAGCCUCGUCCAGCAGCACCAACCACAAACAAUAAUCAAAGUGAAGAAGCAAUGGAUAAAUGCUGCUAUGCACGGUAGAAGAUGCAAAGAGAACUGGAGGACGGCUGCAACUCAAAAGGCUUUCCAGAGCUUUUUGGAUAGAAGAAUAUAUCUUGGAGAGACUGGGGUCUCUGGUACACUGCAAGACUUGUUGAGUUUCAUUCUAUUGUGAGAGAUCACUGUUGGACAGCAAAGUCAUGGUGAAGAUUGCGAUUGAGUAUGGUUCAUGUCAUGAAACGACCUAUGUCACUUCUUGAACUAAGAACAUCCUGUGCUUCCAAGCGCAGCAUUCAAGCUGGAAGUCUGAUAAUGACUGAAGAGUCUCUUCCUGUGGUCUAUGAUGCAUUUUGUUCCAUCACAAUCUGCUUUUCAUUUGUUUUUGUGUUUGUGAGAGGUGGCAGAUGGAUUUUCUCAACAGUCCCUGAACGUGAUGUACCUUUAUUUCCUGUUGUGAGAUGAAACAUAAAGAAAGGCACUGGAAGUCAUUUGUGGUUGCUGAGGACAAGUCUUCUGUGUAAUAUUUUAAGGAGGGAAUCUAUUACAAAACAAGCCUAAGAGAAGAUGUAGAAGGGGGUUACUGGGAGCUAGGUUUCUAUCCUUCUUCAGUAUCUUGACACAAACUAUUGCCAUUUGAUCGCUUACUUUGUUCUGAAUUCAGUGUUGGUGUUUGUAUCAGAAAAUAACGCUGCACAGAAAAUGAUGAAUAAAAACACAAGUAUUUGCUUGUGUACAAGGUUGCAUGUGCGUACAUUUUGGCAUUGUGAGGACAUUUUAGCACAACUUCAAAGGGCUUUUGAGGGUUAAGACUUGGCUUCA